AUGCCUGGCGAGCUCCGCGAUCCAGAACAGGGCUUCGUAGCCACCGAACGGCCAUCUCUGAUGAUCUCGCCAUGCAGCACUGCCUGUAACAGCAGAGCUGCGGAUUGUGGCAGGCCGCACACAUUGCACGGUCGCGAAGUCGUCAUCCGGAACUAUGUCGCCAACGUCAAAAUCCUCGUCGGCCAGCGCCUUUCGCACCUAUGCGGUGAGCUCACGCUCAUGCUGCCCCUUUAUAUAGGCAGCUGCCACCGAACGACUAGCACUGGAGUUUGGAUCCAGUCUUUGCCCACUUGCACUUCUCAGCCAGCCGGACCAUUCUACAUGCGCGAGAACAAGAUCAUGCAUUCCGUUCUGAUCGCCUCAAAUCCAUUUCAAGGACAAGCGUCGCGGCGCCGCGAGAACGGACUCGUCUACAUCCGCCUGGGGAGCCAAAGCCCACUGCAACGCCGCUCUGGUCUAGAGUAA